AUGAAUCUUGUUAAUGCUCAGCUGAAUGACAACUUGAGCUCAGCAACAAGCGAGAACCCUCCUGGCAGCACUUGUCUUAACAUCACCUCCAUCAUUGACCCCCUGCAGACUCUGAAUGAGAGUUUACCUGUUCCCUGUCCCGACGCACUCCCUGACCUUCAUGGAGCGGAUGGUGACCAGUCUAUCCGGACGGCCGAUCUCCAUCGCCAUGACUUUUAUCCGCUCCCGGAUACUGCUCCUGGCGGCGUGGAUGACUUUUGGCAGAACAGUGAGUUCUGGUUUGACCAAUCCGAACUUGACUGGAGCGAACAGCUCUUCGAACCAAAUCCGCCAAUGCUAGACUAUGAGAUGCCGUCUCCGCUGAACAAUUUGACCGCCAUGAUGCAAGAAUACUUUGAUCGAAAGUCGCGGCCGUCAUCACCUUCUCCUGCUAGAGCUAGCAAAGUAUGGUAUUCGGCUCCACCACAUAUUGAAGACCAUAACAGAGACAUCAUCAGAGUGUUUCACAAUGUGUUUCGAAGGCAUAUUCCGAAGACAUUUUCUCUCUUUGAAGAUACAGCUAUCACCAGUUCCAAAAAUCAACCGGCAUUCACGCUCGCUCUAGCUGCUAUUGGGGGACUGUUUUGCACGACCCCUGGUAGCGCACAAGUCGCGAAGUCAAUGUAUGAUGAUGCUCGGCGGAUGGUCCUUUCAACUGUUAACACUCAGAGCUGCUCAGACGAUUUCUCUGCAUGUCGAUUGGAUAAGUUUAUCGUGGCGAAAACUUUCGUCUUAUUAGCUUUGUACGGUCUCUGCAGCGGUGACAAGAGGAGUUACGAGUUCCUGGAAGUAUUCCACGGCAACCUCAUCCAUUCUGUCCAAGAGUAUAGCAAAGCAUGCCAAUGGUCUCCUCAAACAGAUGACAUCGACAAGGAUAAUACCCGACUCCUUGAAGCUCUCCAUAUCCUCGACUGCUAUCGAGUCAUUAUCAUGCAGCGACCACCCUCUUUGGCACGAAAAUACAGCGAGUCGUUCCUACGUACGCCCACAAAUCGGAGUCGCAUAUCUAAGCUUCAUAACGUGAUAGCUGGCCUUGUGGGCGGUGGGCACACGGUCGACUUGGGCCCCAAUACCACCUUCGGCCUGACGAGCUUGGCGUCUCUGAGCUCUUUUGUGUGGCCUGCGACAUACCCCCAGCAGAAUGUUUACGGCACGGACAAAUAUCAGUCCGAUGAUCUCUUCGUAUGGAGAGCUGAUUUCGCAGAGUUAGCCUGCGAUACCUGGCUUCGGACGAUCCACCGACCAGAAAACCUAUCUCACUUGGUUGUGUACCACAUGAUGGGUAUUAUACUACAUUCGAAUUUGACUGUUCUGCAGAACUUUGCUCACUCUGGGCCUGGAUCGGCAGCACGAGACGCGGAAAGGGGAUUGGCUGCAAGAGAGAUCCAUGCAUGGACAAAUGACAGGCAUUAUACAACUGCCCAGUGGCACGCAGAGAAUAUGAUUGCCGGUAUCGAAGCUGCCCUGACCGAGGCGGCAACCGCGAGACAGACUCAGCAUUCUUCAGCUCGAACUUCGUCGCUACCCCUGGAGUUGCCAGGCUUAGUAUUCGAAGCACCACACAUCCCUUACGCUGUCUACUAUGCCAGUCUGGUUCUUUGGUCUGGAGCUUUCACGGCACCGAACCUGGUCAAAUCUGCCCUCCCAGCACGAGCCCAACUAGCAAGAGGCGAGCAGAUCUUACUUGUACAUAAAGUGCAUAUCGCCCAGCUCCUUGCGCGGCUUCUUAGUGGGAUUCGCUAG